AUGUCUCCCAGCACCUCCACAACCUUCAUUGGUGCCAUUGACCAGGGCACCACCAGCACCCGAUUCCUCAUCUUCAACAAGAGUGGUGAAGUUGUAGCGCUUCACCAGAUCGAGUUCAAGCAGAUUUAUCCUAACCCUGGCUGGCACGAGCACGACCCCGAAGAGCUCAUCUCCUCUGUUGAGCACUGCAUCGAUGGAGCCGUCAAGAAGUUUGAGACUCAGGGCCAUUCCCGUGACCAGAUCGUAGCCGUCGGUAUUACCAACCAGCGUGAGACCACCGUAGUGUGGGACAAGACCACUGGAAAGGCCUUGUAUAACGCCAUUGUUUGGACCGAUACACGAAACGUUGAGAUUGUUCGCCGUCUCAAGACCCGCAUCGGAUCUGGAGAGCUCACAGACCGCUGUGGUCUUCCUCUUUCCACGUACUCGUCUGUCGGAAGACUUCUGUGGCUUCUAGAAAAUGUUCCCGAGGUCAAGGAUACCUAUGAAAAAGGUAACCUGGCAUUUGGUACUGUCGACUCUUGGCUGGCGUACAAGCUGAACGGUGGCACCGCUCGCAACGUUCACGUAUCCGAUCCUUCCAAUGCCUCACGAACCAUGUUCAUGAACAUUCACACUCUUGAAUAUGAUGCCGAGCUCAUUGAUUGGUUCCGAAUCGACCGCAAGAAGGUCGCCUUGCCCAAGAUUGUGCGCUCCGCCGAUGCGGAAGCUUAUGGCUCGCUUGCUACCACCAGCCUGAAGGGCAUCAAGAUCAUGGGAUGCCUUGGCGACCAGUCUGCCGCUUUGGUUGGUCAAAAGGGCUUCAAGCCUGGUCUGGCCAAGAACACUUACGGCACCGGCUGCUUCUUGCUCUACAACGUUGGUGAGAAGCCCGUCAUCUCCACUCAUGGACUUCUGUCGACUGUGGCUUUCGAUUUUGGAGAGGGCAAGACCAUGUAUGCCCUCGAGGGCAGCAUUGCGGUUGCUGGCUCUAGUGUCAAGUUCCUUGUGGACAACUUUGGCUUCAUUGAAUCGUCGUCCAAGUUGAGCGCUCUGGCUGAGACCGUUGAAGACAAUGGUGGCUGCACUUUCGUCACCGCCUUCAGUGGCCUUUUCGCUCCUUACUGGAUCGAUGAUGCCAGAGGCACCAUUUUCGGCAUCACUGCCUAUACCCAGCGUGGGCACAUUGCCCGCGCCACUCUUGAGGCUACCUGCUUCCAGACCAAGGCUAUUCUCGAUGCCAUGGCCAAGGACAGUGGCAAGAAGCUCUCUGAGCUUGCUGUCGAUGGCGGCAUGUGCAAUGCUGACCUUAUCAUGCAGACGCAAUCCGACAUCAUUGGUAUUCCCGUCAACCGACCCGCCAUGCGUGAGACCACUGCCCUGGGUGCUGCCAUUGCUGCCGGUUUUGCCGCUGGCGUUUGGGAGUCCUUUGACGACCUGAAGGAUGUCAACACCGAAGGCCAGACCGUUUUCAAGCCCCAGAUUACAGCCUCAGAUGCGAACAAGAGAUUUGAGCGCUGGGAGAAGGCCGUUCAGAUGAGCAAGGGCUGGUCCACCUAA